AUGGCGGACCACUACGACCUCGGCGGACUCGACUACGAAACAUUUGUGUGGGACCACCGGAUGUACCGCAACUUGUUUCUAGCUGGUCUCGUGCUGCUGGUCUACGACCACCUCCUGGUGUUCCCUGAGGAAGUCAAGCUGGUCUGGGGGAGGAACUUGAAGCCGAGCACGUGGUGGUACCUGCUUGUAAGGUACACCGCUCUCGUGUCCAGCGGUGUUAUCCUCGUGUUCUACUUCGGGCGGCUAAACGAAAGGGUGCGUGGUCCUCGUGAAAUGCUUCCAGUGCUGAGUUGGGUGCGGCAGAGCUGCGAAAUAAUGGAGAAUGUGCUUGAAGCCCUGUUGGUUCUGCAAGAGUGUCUGGUUCAAGCGACCCUUUUUCUUCGAGUUUUCGCAAUGUAUGGCCGUUCUUUAUGGCUCCUCGGGCCUAUCUGGGUUGUCGCAAAUCUUAAUCUCGGUCUUGGGAUAUGGACUAUAGCCACAUAUGGACGACCCCGAAUGUUAGAUGCUCCGGGAAUGGUGGGAUGUCAUACGGCGAUUCCGCAUAAAACAGGCCUCCGUUUAGGAGGAACUUGGAUCGCACAAAUGGUUUCGGAUACCAUGGUGUUCGGUCUGACUGUCUAUCGCGCCUACCAGGAGCAGGCUGUGAUGACCGCUCUUCCGAGCUCUCUUAUUGAGCGUAUGGCACGAGAUGGAGCAUUGUACUUUGGCAUAAUCGUCCUCGCGAACCUGGCGAACGUGUUGACGUGUUUUUUGGGCGAUAUCAUUAUCGCCGGGUUACUAUCUUGGUGGACUACAUCCUUGUCCAUCGUACUAAUAUGUCGCCUUAUCCUAAACAUGCAAGAAAUGGCCCCCGUUGGCGCGCGGACAGAGGGCCUCGACAGUACCGAGUUGGAAGGGAUCCACUUUGCCGCUGAAGCGGGUCGAAGAGCCCAUCGUCAGCGCCACAACUCGACGCCAGACCUGAGGACGGGUGAUUCAAGUUUGGAGGCACCGUUAGAGGUUGGAGGCGGUAUUUCGCAACGUCAUCACUCACGCGGCGGACUCUCAAAACAUGGACAAGAUUCGAUGGGCCAAGCCGGCUUCUUUUCAAUGAUUCUUGACGCUCGUGGUGGGGAUGCUGCUUGGGAUAAGGCGUUGUUGGCACAGAGGGUGGGACUACUACGCCAGGCUGGCGCGGCAGCAAACCUAACAGCAGCUCAAUCGCAGCUUCAGUUGCAAGAACAAAUCUUCCAUGGAUAUUUCCUCGACCCACGUUCUUCAGCGGUUUAUGGCGCGUUUUUCUUUAUCGGAACUUUCUUCUUCGGCGUCGUCCGUGCUAGAGUGCCUCGUCUCAUGCUUACCGGAAUAUUCGGGACCAUCGUUCUCGACGCAGUUUGCACCAUUGGACCUCUGUUGCCCUCGCAAAACUACUUAAUUGCCAAGAUGUUCCUUAUCCCGACCGCCUACUAUCUCGCCAUCGCAAUCACCUCCCUUGUCCUCAUCUUCCCCGAAAGCCUCAACCACGUCUGGCUGACCACAGUCGAUACGGCCUUCUUCGGGGAAUGUUUCCAUUCCAAGCACAAGAUCUUUACUUAUGGCUCCCACAGCCUGCCUCUUCACUUCUCUCUCUCCAAUCAGCCGCCCUCCAUUCUCGUCCGUCAGAUACAGCUCAAUGGGCUGCUGGUGCAGCAAAGAGUUCCGCAGCUAGGGCGGAUUGGGCUUAUCGAUCUCGAAAUAAGCAUGGGAAGACUUGGGCCCGGCGAUUUGAAGCGUAUUGCACCAGAGAUUCGAGCGCUAGGUUUCCGCGUUGCCGCUCUUGUGGCCUUUCAAACAGCUGUGUCGGCUAUCCAUGAAGACGACAGGAAGGAUGCUGAUCGCGCUGCCGCGAUAGAGAAGGAGCGCAAUAUUCCAUCUACAAGCAGCACCCCCAAGCUGUCAACGCAUGAAACGCGGUUCGCAAGGCGGAGACGGGUUUUGGCUCAGCGAGAACUUGCACAUGGGCAUGCGUUGGACGACCUGGUCCCCAUUCUCGCUGAAGCAUCCUUACCGUUGCGAACGACAUGCGAGAAGAGCAUGAAAGCACUUCGGGUCUGGUUCGACGAGUGUAAUUCCGGGCGGUGGACAAGUCUAGUUCGCAAAAGAAGCAAGACGGAUAUCGAAAAGAGCCAUUCAGCGUUGGUCAAUGUUACUGCGGAGCUCAAAGACCGACUCGAACAGUGGCGAAAGGAGGGGCGGAUUGGGUUGAUCAAGCCAUACGAGCGGUUCUUCGAUCCGGGGACAGGGAAACUCAAGCAGGAGCUGGUGUCUGGUUCAGGAAAUGGGAUGUUUGCUGUUCGAUCACUCUUCAUAUGUUUCGUCUUUUGCGAUACGGUAGACGCCUUCGGGGCUCGUCUACUUUCUCUCCUUGCUCUCGCAACGGACCUUGAUUCUCGUCGCCCUCAUCCCCGACUAUGGCUUCCCAGUGGCUUCGGCAAACUUUGGAGAAAGAUGACAAGCCGAGCUCCUGCCCCGCUAGAUAGCUCGCCGCUUGCGAUGGGCAUUCAUCGUGACCCAGCGGUGUAUGAUGAUGCUGAAAUUCACGAAGCAGAAUCUAGCACAGAGGACAUAUCCGAAACAGCUUUCGAAGAACGAGAAGAAGAAGAGCGAGAAUUGACACCGGCCCGUCCGAAAAAUCCAGAUGCCCGCGAGCCUACUUCCACUCUGGGCAGACUGAGCGUGCGCAUAGGCAGUGGCCUUCGAUUCUUCAAAUCGGACGAGGGCAUUUUUGCCCUUCGCCAUGCAUUCUUGUCGCUUGCAUUCUGGGUUCCUUCAGUUGUUCCACACUCAGCUUGGUUCUACUACUCCAACAAGGGGCUGUGGGCGUUGAUUAUGGGCCAAAUGGGACUGGCAACCUAUGCUGGCGACCAGCUCUUCGGUGUUGCAACCAGGCUCGUGGGAACAGGCUUGGGAUUGCUGCUCGGAAUGGUUAUGUGGUAUAUUGCGGCACCAGGCCUUCACACAAGCGGUAACCCGUAUGCUGUUGUUGUCGUUACGACCGUUUUCGUUGCUCCAUUUCUGGUCGCUAGGAUAUCGGCGCCACCAACGCAGAUGCUACUCUGGUCCAUGAUUGGUAUCACCGGUGUCUUCGUCGUUGGCUACUCGUGGCUCGACACCCACCUCGUCGUCAUUGGUAACCAAGGGGUCGGAAUAAGUCUUGGAUGGCGAAGAGCGCUGCUGGUUAUGAUUGGAUUUACUGGCGCAGGUAUCAUCAUGCUUUUCCCGCGUCCAACUUCGAGCAGAACACUAGUUCGGCGGACGGUUGCUGCGUCCCUGCACGAGAUUGGGUUCCUCUUUGGGCAGCAGGUGGAGGAUUUUCUUGCCGAAGAAACCCGUGCUCGAGCGGGCCAUUUAGAGAAGGAGGAGAUCGACCAUUUGGAUAUGACGCCGCGAGAUAAGGUGUCUCCAAAGGAGCGCCGAAUUCGACGGGUUUCCCAGCGAAUAUUGAUUUUAAUUGAGCGAUUGCAAGGAUUGGCGCCGUCCUUGGUAACUGCCCGAUGGGAGCCACAAGUACAGGGACUUUGGCCUCAUGACCAGUAUGCGGCGCUUCAUCAAAAAGAAUUGAGAUUGGCAACUUGUUUGGCACUUUUGACGGGCGCAUUCUCCAAACUGGACCCUACGUGGUGUAGCAUUCUGGUCGAACGUACACCGUUCUUGAAUCCGAAUCUCCUUUCGGACAUUUUCUCCACCAUCGACAUCUUGUCGCAUUCCCUUAUAGCCGGACGACCGAUUCCUGCUUCGCUUCCUCUGCUCCGAGAUCGACUUUUGUACCACGAAACGCUCAUCCGCGCACUGAACAACGCGGCCCUCGGCGAGCCUGCACUAUCGAUGCCCCAACAAUCUGCAGCUCCCAGUCUCGAUGAUGCAUCGGAUGGCGAGGAGGAUGUCGAUUCGCAUGCGACUGAGCUCAAGGGCGGCAAGGUCGACGGCGCCAGUAUCGGUUUCAAGGAGCUUUCGCUGAGCGUGUUGAUGGAUGAACAACUGCCAACACAUUCUACUGCUGUUAUUGCUCUAGGAAGCAUUCUUACGGUUCUCGACGACAUAGCUGCGAUCGUGCGGGAGCUGUGUGGGGAGACGACUUUCCGAGGAUUAGAUGCCCUUCAGAGAGAGUACCUUGGUCGGGAGGAGGCCGCAAUUGGCACAUAUCGAACUCAGAGAUAA